AUGAACAUAACUGCAAGUAUUGUUCCUGUCAUAAGUGGAACUAUACAAAGGAGACAAAUAAGCGUGUUGAGAAAAGAUGGCGUCAAAGACAUAAUUCACAGUGUAGAUUUAGCAGAUACUAUUCCAAAAGGGAGUGAAUAUUCAAGUAUUGAGUUACUGAUAGGCAACGACUUCUAUCUUGAUAUUGUAUUGUCACAAAGAAUAGAAAUUCAGCCUGGAUUAUACCUGCUUGGAUCUAAGUUAGGUUGGUUACUUACAGGAAGAACAGACGAAAAUUGUGAUGAAACAGGAAGCGAAAAAAAUAUGUUGAUUUUAACAUACGGGAACAGUGGAACUAAAACACAAGGUUUUCAAAGUAUUGAUAGUUCGAUUCCUACGAAACCGGAAUUCGAAGACCUUUGGAACAUUGAAGCUAUAGCUGUUGUGGAUAACAAAGUUACAUCUGAGGAUAAAGAGAUCAUGAAAGAAUUUACAAUUGAAAACGGAAGAUAUUACGUUACUAGGCCUUGGAAGGAAGGGAAAGAAGUGUUGCCAGUGAAUAAAGAACUGUCGUAUGGGCGAUUCAAAUCGUGUGUUAAAAGGUCAAGAAAUAAACCAGAACUGUUGGAAAAGUAUGAUUCUGUUAUUCAGGAGCAACUAAGGAAAGGAAUUAUAGAGGAAGUAAAUGAUACCAAAGGUGAUAGGAUACACUAUAUACCACAUCAUGCAGUGAUGAAUCCUCAAAAGUCAACAAAAGUACGCAUAGUUUACGAUACUUCUUCUAAAUGUAAACCAGAAUACAACAGUUUAAAUGAAUGCUUGUAUCGAGGACCAGUACUGCUCCAUGAUUUAUGUGGACUUUUGAUGAGAUUUCGCCUACAUAAUAUAGCUAUCAUAGCAGACAUAGAAAAGGCAUUCCUUCACAUAGGCUUACAAGAAAGUGAACGUAAUGUGACUAGAUUUCUCUGGUUGAAAUCAUGUGAAAAUCCAACUACUGAGACGGAAAAUAUACAAGAAUAUAGAUUCUGUCGUGUACCAUUCGGCGUGAUUUGA